GCUAGGCCAUGCAAGGCCCCUGAUGAAGCUGAUGUGUUAGGUCUCCAUAUCUCAGCAGUGCUGAUUGGAGCUGUCGUAGCUCUGUACGAUCAGCUGUCCUGUUCUAGAAUGCCAGGUAAAUGCCUAGGCCAUUUAGGUCCCCCAUAUGACUGGUUUAAACCUGGAGAGAUGCACAAUAGGAUUCUCGGUGGAUCCCCUUUAAUACUAAAGGAUAAGUAAUGUUUUGUGGGAAGACGUUCUUUGAAUGAUAACAUACAACAUUCUUAUCAUUGGAAUCACAUCAAACUGACAUUAGUUGGUAUAACUCCUAAUGGCAUCUGUAAUGUCAGUCUUAUGAUAGGGUUAUGUAGGCCUUAUGACAGUUGAGUUCAGAGAGAGAGAGAGAGAGCGAGAGAGACAGAGAGAGAGAGAGAGAGAGAGAAGGAAGUUUUUUACUCUCCCUAUCUAUUCCACUUGUCUGUUGGUUCAAACCGAGCUGACACAGCAGGCUCCAUUAGUUCUGUGCAUCUGUGCCAUUCGUCUUAAAACAGUUAAAGCACUACAUUUCCUCACCGCACGACCUGAGCCGGCAGCUCAUUAACUGUAAUUAUGCUAGGUGUUAUGUGCAGCGGGCCAGAACAGCAGCUGUGAUUGGCCAAUCUCAGUCUGAUGAACGAAUGGCAGGCUCCGAUGCUGGAGGUGUCAGGAAGUGUUAGCCUCACAGUGAAAAGCUGUCAUUAUGAAAUACAGUAUGUGGUUAAUAUUUAUAGACAGGGAUUCAGAUUAUCUCAGAUUGGUAAAGCUGUUAUGUGGAAGUGUGACUUGCGGUCAUAAUUAGGGCCCUGAGUUUUUACUUAUCCUAAGACCUGACCAGGAACAACUCUGGGACUUAGUGAUAGGCCAUAACUAGUGCCUGGAGUUUUUGCCUUGUUAGGUCAUACAGCCAGGAAAAACUCUUAGCUCUUAGCUCUUUGAUCGUUUAAUAAGAAAGCAUCCUCUCUAUCAUGGUAAGGCCCUCCCCCAACCUCUCUUCGGCAAAUCAGAUCACACCUCCAUUCUGCUCCUCCCACCUAUAAGCAGAAACUUAAACAGUGAGCUCCCAUUGUAAGGACUGUUCAUCGUUGGUCUGACCAAUCGGAAUCUAUGCUUCAAGACUGUUUUGAAAUGUCCCCUCUGAGAAUAGUAUUGACAUAUACACUGACCCGGUGACUGAAAAGCGCCAACCACCGCAUUUAACCAUGGUGAGGUGACUGGGAACAACUUCAAGUUCCUCAGCAUGCACAUCACUGAUAACCUUUUUUUUUCUUUUUUGAAAUGGUCCCUUCCAGGCCUGGAAUUCUGUGAUUUUAGGGGCAAGGACAUUUGGCCUUCAAGAGGUGCCCAAUCUCCCAGGGCACCAAGGCCAUGUGCUAGGGCACCAAAAUAGCCAAUUCAAUUGAUUUGAAAACUGAAAUACAGUAGCUAUUCUGUUAAGAAAAAAAUAAGUCUAGGUAAUUGUACAUAAUAUAAUUAGCCUACAUGUCAAAGUGUAGGUGAUAGCUAUUGGCUACAGCCUGUCAUGUCCAGACCGAUGCUGACAUGAGAGAGGCGCCUGAAAAUGAAGCCAAACUUAAAUUAGACUUGUAAUGACAUACACUACAUGACCAAAAGUAUGUGGACACCUGCUCGUCGAACAUUUCAUUACAAAAUCUUGGGCAUUAAUAUGGAGUUGGUCCCCGCUUUGCUGCUAUAACAGCCUCCACUCUUCUGGGAUGGCUUUCCACAAUAUGUUGGAACAUUGCUGUGGGGACUUCAGCCACAAGAGUAUUAGUGAAAUUGGGCACUGAUGUUGGGCGAUUAGGCCUGGCUCGCAGUCUGUGUUCCAAUUCAUCCCUAAGGUGUUCAAUGGGGUUGAGGUCAGGGCUCUGUGCAGGCCAGUCAAGUUCUUCCACACCGAUCUCAACAAACCAUUUCUGUAUGGACCUCACUUUGUGCACGGGGGCAUUGUCAUGCUGAAACAGUUUAGGCCUUCCUUAAGUUAGAAGCACAGAGUCGACUAGAAUGUAAUUGUAUGCUGUAGCGUUAAGAUUUCCCUUCACUGGAACUAAGGGGCCUAGCCCGAACCAUGAAAAACAACCCCAGACCAUUAUUCCUCCUCCACCAAACUUUACAGUUGGCACUAUGCAUUGGGGCAGGUAGCGUUCUCCUGGCAUCCACCAAACCCAGAUUAGUCUGUCGGACUGCCAGAUGGUGAAGCGUGAUUCAUCACUCCAGAGAACGUGUUUCCACUGCUCCAGAGUCCAAUGGCAGCCAGCUUUACACCACUCCAGCCGACGCUUGGCAUUGCGCAUGGUGAUCUUAGGUUUAUGUGCGGCUGUUCAGCCAUGGAAACCCAUUUCAUGAAGCUCCUGAUGAACAGUUAUUGUGCUGACGUUGCUUCCAGAGGCAGUUUGGAACUCGGUAGUGAGUGUUGCAACAGAGGACAGACAAUUUUCACGCGCUAUGCGCUUCAGCACUAAGCGGUCACAUUCUGUGAGCUUGUGUGGCCGUGGCUUCACAAUAACAGCACUUACAGUUGACCGGGGCAGCUCUAGCAGGGCAGAAAUUUGACGAACUGACUUGUUGGAAAGUUGGCAUCCUAUGAUGGCGCCACGUUGAAAGUCACGGAGCUCUUCAGUAAGGCCAUUCUACUGCCAAUGUUUGUCUAUGGAGAUUGCAUGGCGGUGUGCUCGAUUUUAUACACCUGUCAGCAACGGGUAUGGCUGAAAUAGAUGAAUCCACUCAUUUGAAGGGGUGUCCACAUACUUUUGUAUAUAUAGGGUAUUAUAGAGAUCAGUCCUUUCGGGAGUCCAGAUAAUGUAUUUAUAAAUCCCAUCAUCGGAUGGUUCAGUAGUUGGCUUUCCAAAGGGACCAAAUCCACUAAUUUUGUAUAUAUAAUGUACAUUUAGGCUAAACACCAAGUCAUGUUUUGACAAAUAUAAUGUAGGAUCAUUAUUAAUAUCUAAAGGCUUUGAUUCUGUUGACAUUCUUGAUGUACUGUUAGUUCAGAUAGGAGAGAAAGGCCAGUGUCUGUUGCAUACUGCAACAUCACCCACCUUGCAAUCUGAGUGGAGGCAGUCAAUAUAACUAUUUAACCAUAUACGUAAUUGUUUAAAUCCUGGACGUUUUUUGUAAAUUCAUGAGGCAUGUCUUACCAUGUUGUUUUAUAAACACUUCAUAUGCCAUUGAAACCAGUAGCCUAAUACUCUCAAGUUCUCAACUUUCUUUCAUUGUCCAGCAGCCAAAUACACAAUCCUAGUCAUAUUAACAACACAUGCUUGUUGAUGAGUCUUUCUACAUUUCUGAAGGAUGGUUUCAUCUCUGUCAUAUGAAAGCGCUCACAUUGGCGGUGCACUUCCGCUAUUUGUAUUUUGGAACAUUUGCGCUUAUAGCCUACUACAGUGUGCACAUUGCUGCACUUAUAAUGUGAAGAAAUAGCCUAAUAUUUUAUCAACAUUUUAAUCUAAACGUUCUGAUCUGUUGCAUCAGCCUCAUUGUUUUAAAACGUUUUUUUGAUGUAGGCUACAGUGGUUGUAUUAAUUUGGGAUCUAUCGCGUCCCACAACUGUCCCAGAGUAUGUUUGGAAUAUGUAUUUAUCGUACAGAAGGACAACCUGACCAGUAGAAUAAAUCAACUUUUGUACUAUGGGGGAUAGUAGAUUGACAUAGGCUAGUGCUUUUGCUGUUCGUUAAGCCUACUCAUCAAGUUGGCUGACGAAAAGUAAACGUGGACAGUUCUUCUAACAUCUUCAAUAAACACCUCGGAAUUCGAUAAGGACUCGUGCCGUUGCAUCCCCAAUGUGUCUGUCUUCUCUUGCAGCCUACUUUGGAGAUGAGAUGCCCAUGAGAAGAACCCGAUCACUUGACGGGCAUUGGUUAAUAAGAAUUUAGAUAUUUGAGAGAGCGAUAUGAGUGAGAGUUGCUUUGCAGCAAGGCGAUUGACAGCCGGGAGAAGGGAACUAUUAUAUUCAGCCCAAGGGCACAACGGGCACUUUGGCCCGCAGAGCAUAUUUUUUUUUCGGGGGCAUUACGGCCGCACCCUAGUCUUGCGUGAGAAGCCCAGGAGGGCGGCAGAUUCUGAGAUUUGCAAAUCGGUGUACACAACCAAUAAACUUUGAUUUGAUAAAAUGUUGAUUUGUUUAAUAUUUCAAACAGUCUGACUGUGAUGUGUGAAGGUGCAUUUUCCUUUCUUCCAGAGCUAGUUUUGUGAUAAGGGUCAAAUGUAUGUGGUCAAACCUUCUAAGAGAGACAGGAAAACUGUGAUGGUGUCUUACAAUCCUACUGUAUGAAGCCUAGUGAGUGAACCAUGGAAUGAUUCAUCCACAACUUCUCUGGUCUCUCGGUAGUGCCGAGUGUGAUGACUGUAUGUGUUUUAGAGUGAAGACAAAAUGUUUGAUCUAGCAGACCCUUAGACAUGAAUGAGAGUGCAAACAUAAUGAUCUGUUUGAGGAAGUGUGUCAUAGCCUGAUAGGACACUGUGCUGUCCACUGCUUUUCCAUUUCUGAUCCUCCCACUAGAAGCAGAAAUUAAACAGUGAGCUCCCAUUGUAAGGAAUGUUCAUCGUUGGUCUGACCAUCGGAAUCUAUGCUUCAAGACGUUUUGAAAUGUCCCUUAUGAGAAAAGUAUGACAUAUAAAAUGACCCGGUGGUGACUGAAAAGGCCAACCACCGCAUUUAACCAUGGUGACGGGGGUGACUGGGAAACAACUUCAAGUUCCUCGCAUGCACAUCCUGCUAACCUUUUUUUUUCUUUUUUGACCCAUGGUCCCUUACAGGGCCUGGAUGCUGGGAUUUUAGGGGCAAGGACAUUUGGCCUUCAAGGGGUGCCCAAUCUCCCAGGGCACCAACAAGGCCAUGUGUAGGGCACCAAAAUAGCCACUUCAAUUGAUUGAAAAACUGAAAUACAGUAGCUAUUCGUUAAGAAAAAAAAUAAGUCUAGGGAAGUAGUUACAUAAUAUAAUUAGCCAAAUGUCAAAGUGUAGGUGAAUAGCUAUUGGCUACAGGGGCCCCUGUCAUGUCCAGACCGAUGCUGACAUGAGAGAGGCGCCUGGAAAAUGAAGCCAAACUAAAUUAGACUUGUUAAUGACAACCUACAUGACCAAAAGAUGUGGACACCUGCUCGUCGAACAUUUAAUUACAAAAUCUUGGCAUUCAUAUGGGAGUGGUCCCGCUUUGCUUGUAUAAACAGCCUCCACGCGUCUGGGAAUGGCUUUCCACAUAUGUUGGAACAUUUGCUGUGGGGGACUUCAGCCACAAGAGUAUAGUGAAAUUGGGCACUGAUGUUGGGCGAUUAGGCCUGCUCGCAGUCUGUGUUCCAAUUCAUCCUAAGGUGUUCAAUGGGGUUGAGGUCAGGGCUCUGUGCAGGCCAGUCAAGUCGCCACACCGAUCUCAACAAAACCAUUCUGUAUGGACCUCACUUGUGCAAGGGGGCAUGGUCAUGCGGAAACAGUUUAGGCCUUCCUUUAAGUAGAAGCACAGAGUCGACUGACAUGUAAUUGUAUAUGCGUUAGCGUUAAGAUUUCCUUCACUGGAAUAAGGGGCCUAAGCCCGAACCAUGAAAAACAACCCAGACCAUUAUUCCUUAUCCUCCACCAAAUUUACAGGUUGGCACUAUGAUUGGGGGCAGGUAGCGUUCUCAUGGCAUACACCACCCAGAUAGUCUGUCGGAUGCCAGAUGGUGAAGCGUGAUAUCACUCCAGAGAACGUGUCCACUGCCCUCCAGAGGUCCAAUGGGCGGCCAGCUUAAACCUCUCCAGACGACGCUUGGGCAUUGCGCAUGGUUGAUCUAGGUUUAUGUGCGGCUGUUCAGCCAUGGAAACCCAUUUCAUGAAGCUUCCUGAUGAACAGUUAUUGUGCUGACGUUCUUCCAGAGGCAGUUUGGAACUCGGUAGUGAGUGUUGCAACAGGAGGACAGACAAUUUUCACGCGCUAGGCGCUUUCAGCACUUAGCGGUCACAUUUGUGAGCUGUGUGGCCGGGCUUCACAAUAAACAGCACUUACAGUUGACCGGGGCAGCUCAUAGCAGGGCAGAACAGACAUUGACGAACUUGACUUGUUGGAAAGUUGGCAUCUAUGAUGGCGACCACGUUUGAAAGUCACGGAGCUCUUCAGUCAGGCCAUUCUACUGCAAAUGUUUGUCUAUGGAGAUUGCAUGGCGGUGUGCUGAUUUAUACAACUGUCAGCACCGGGUAUGGCUGAAAUAGAUGAAUCCAUAAUUUGAAGGGGUGUCCCAUACUUGUGUAUAUAUAGGGUAUUAUGAGAUCAGUACUUUCGGGAGUCCAGAUAGUUAUUUAUAAAUCCCAUAUCGGGAUAUGGUUCAGUAGUUGGCUUUCCAAAGGGGACCAAAUCAACAAUUUGUAUAUAUAAUUUACAUUUAGGCUAAACACCAGUCAUGUUUUGACAAAAUAUAAUGUAGGAUCCAUUAUUAAUAUUAAAGGCUGAUUCUGUUGACAUUUGAUGUACGUUAGUUCAGAGAUAGGAGAGAAAGGCCAGUUGUCUGUUGAUACUGCAACAUCACCCACCUUGCAAUCUGAAGUGGAGGCAGUCAAUAAACUAUUUAAACAUAUACGUAAUUGUUUAAAUCCUGGACGUUGUUUUGUAAAUUCAUGGGCAUUGUCUUACCAUCUACCACAUGUUAAGGGGAUUGUUGUAUAAACACUUAAUAUCCAUUGAAACAGAGCCUAAUACUUCAGUUCUCAACUUUCUUACAUUGUCCAGCAGCCAAAUACACAAUCAUAGUCAUAUUAACAACACAAUGCUGUGGAUGAGUCUUUCUACAUUUCUGAAGGAUGGUUUCAUCUCUGUCAUAUGAAAGCGCUCACAUUGGCGGUGCACUUCCGCUAUUUGUAUUUUGGAACAUUUGACGCUUAUAGCCUUACUACAGUGUGCACAUUGCGCACUUAUAAUGUGAAUAAAAAUAGCUAAUAUUUUACAAAAAUUGUAAUCAAACAGUUUUCUGAUAUGUUGCAUCAGCCUCAUUGUUUUAAAAACGUUUUUUUUGAUUGUAGGUACAGUGUGGUUGUAUUAAUUUGGGAUCUAUGCGUCCCACAACUGUCCCAGAGUAUGUUUGGAAUAUGUAUUUAUCGUACACAAGACAACAGGACCAGUAGAAUAAUAAUCAACUUUGUUACUAUGGGGAUAGUAGAUUGGGAAAUAGGCUAGUGCUUUUGCUGUUAGUUUAAGCCUACUCAUCAAGUGGCUGACGAAAAGUAAAACGGGGACAGUUCUUCGAACAUAUUCAAUAAACACCUCGGAAUUCGAUAAGGACUGUGCAGUGCCAUCCCCAAUGUGUGUUUCUCGCAGGCCUAAUUUGGAGAUGAGCUGCCCAUGGAGAAGAACCCGAACUUGACGGGCCUUGGUUAAUAAGAAUUUAGGAUAUUUGAGGGGGCGAUAGAGGCAGAGUUGCUUUGCAGAGCAAGGCGAUUGACAGCCGGGGAGAAGGGAAAACUAUUAUAUUCAGCCCAAGGCACAACGGGCACUUUGGCCCGACAGAGCAUAUAUUUUUUUUCGGGGGGCAUUACGGUCCGCACCCUAGUCUUGCGUGAGAAGCCCCAGGAGGGCGGCAGAUUCUGAGAUUUUGACAAACAAAAAAAGCGGUGUACCACAACCAAUAAAACUUUUGAUUUGAUAAAAUGUGAUUUGUUUAAUAUUCAAAACAGUCUGACGGUUGAUGUGUUGAAGGUGCAUUUUCCUUUCUUCCAGAGCUAGUUUUGUGAUAAGGGUCAAAGGAUGUGGUUCAAACCUGCUAGAGAGACAGGAAGACUGUGAUGGUGUCUUCAAUCCUACUGUAUGAAAGCCUAGUGAGUGAACCAUGGAAUUGAUUCAUCCAAACUUCUCUGGUCUCUCGGUAGUGCCGAGUGUGAUGAAUGUAUGUGUUUUAGAGUUGAAGACCAAAAGGUUUGAUCUAGCAGACCCUUAGACAUGAAUGAGAGUGCAAACAUAAUGAUCUGUUUGAGGAGUGUGCAUAAGCAGUGAUAGGAACACUGUGUCACUACAGGCUUUGUACCGACGCUGAUGAUGUGACGACUUGAAAGAGUAAAGAAGAGAAGGAAUGAAUGAAAAGGUAUAGCUCAUGAGAAAAGUGAGUUAGAAGAAAAUGGGUUAAAGAGAAACAUGGAUAAUGAGAAAGUUAUUUUGACAGAUCGAGAACUAAUCAUAUAUAGAGGGAAAAAAGUAUAAGACUUUCGUGAAUAAGAGAGAGGUAUGAUGAAGAGAAGGGGAAAAGACGGAAAGGAGAGCGGAGGGAGGAGGGAGGGAGCGAGAGAGAGAGAGAGAGAGAGUAGAGUAUAGAGCGAGAGAGAGAGAGAGAGAGAGGAGAGAGUAGAGAGAGAGAGAAACCUUCUUCUCUCUCUCUUCCAUUUCUCUCUCUCUCUCCUCAUCUUCCAUCUCCCUCUUCCUCCACACCUCCUCACUUAUCUCCCUCCACCCUCCUUUCUUCUCCCUCCACCCCUGCUCCUCUCUCCCUCCACCCCUUCUCUUUCUUUCUCUCUCUCUCUCUCUCUCUCUCUCUCUCUCUCUCUCUCUCGCUCGACCUCUCUCUCUCUCUCCUCUCUUCUCUCUACUCUCUCUCUCUCUGUCUCUCUCGCUCGCUCUCUCUAUCUCUCUCUCUCUCUCUCCCCAAUAUCCUCUCUACUCUUCCUCUCUCCCUCUCUCCUCUCUCUUCCUUCUCCCUCCCCUUCACACCUAGAAUGUUCUACCUGCUUUCCUGGACUAUGAGAGCAGAAUAGUAACGAGUUGAAGCUUAACUUGUGGCGGGUGUACGACGGGCCAGCUAGUCCGGGAGGACCUGAAGAACAAGUUCUGCUCUACGUGGCACGCUGUGAUCUGCUGUCCAACCACGGGGGUGAUCAGAUGUGGGCCGACCAGGGCCGCCGCCGGAGCCGCUUCAGGUACUUUUCACCACCUUCCAAGAACGUAAGACUGUGAUGAUGAACACAUACACGUUCACUCAUAUCCUGGCAGCGUAUGGACUGGCUGGAAAUACACAGAUACGUGUUGCUAGAAACCGUCAUCAUGAUAAAUGUAUGUAUCAUGUAUACUGUGGCACUAGCUAUGUAUGUUGUGCAAUUGAAAAGGCCAUGCAGUAAAGCCAUUUACUGGAACAUGAACAAUCUAGUGGGGGAUUGGUACAGAUGGGGCACAUUCAUGUAAUGGAUGGGGUACAUUCACGCCACCUACCCUCAUAGCGUGACCCCCCCUAACCCAAUUACUGUUAAACAGACCCUAAAAAAACAACCAGCGUAGUUGUCUUUUAGUGGCCGGCCACUAAUGUUCCACGUUAUGGCUCUGUACAUGAGAGAGAGAGGAGAGGUGCUGAAGAGAGAGAGGAGAGGAGGUGGAGAGAGUAGAGGAGCGGGGAGAGGAGAGGAGAGAGAGAGAGAGAGAGGAGAGAGGGUGGAAGGAGGAGAGGAGGGGGAGAGAGUAGAGAGAUGGAGAGGAUGGGAGUAGGGAGGGAGGAGAGAGAGAGCUGAGGAGCAGGGAGGGAGAAGAGAGCGGGGAGAGAGAGAGGAGAGAGAGAGGGAGAAGGAGGAGAGAACGAGAGGAAGAGAGAGGGAGGUGGAGAGGAGGAGAGGGAGAGUGAAGAGGAGCGAGGGGAGAGAGAGAGAGAGAGAGAGGCGAGGAGAUGAAGAGAGGUGAGGAGAGAGAGGAGAGAGAGAGGAGAGAGAGAGAAGAGAGGGAGAGAGAGGAGAGAGAGAGAGGCAGGGAGAGGAGGAAAAGAUGAGAUGAGGAGAGGGGGAGAGACGAGAGAGGAGGAGGGGGGGACGGAGAGGAGAGAGGGGAGAGAGAGAGGAGAGAAGAGAGAGAGAGAGAAGAGAGCGGAGGGUGAGAGAGAGAAGAGACAGAGCCAGAGAGGGACAGAGGAGAGAGAGAGAGAGAGAGAGAGAGAGAGAGAUGGUUUCUGUAUAUGUGUGUGUUCACUGUAGAGUUAUCCCCCGAGGUAAUGGGCUUGGGCCAAACCGCUGAGGGCGGACUAAGGAUCUCAUGUAGCUUUACGAGUGUUUAAACAGCGCCUGGUGACUGGAGGGGGAGCAUUCCAUUAGGGAGUGUAUCCCCUCUCGAUGCUGCUUGAGAGCUAUCAUAACACACACACACACACACACACACACACACACACAGACACUCUCUCUCUCUCUCUCUCUAAAUACACACACAGAUCUAUAUAAGUUACAAAAUUGUUAGAUCGGUUUGCAUGUGUGUGUUUGUGUGUAUGCGUGUUAAUGUAUAGGCAGUGCAAUUGUUUCCUCUUUGUGAGGCCUAUCCACUGAAUGAAGCCAGGAUGUGCCAUUGCCCCGGUAACACUGCUGCCUAAGUCACUCAACCGAUACCCAGCGAGCCCGUCUGCCAGUGCUGCGUUCAGCACCACACAAGCAACACCAUCAACACUGUUUAAACAUGCAGGUACCACCAGGCAAUAUGCAGGUUGACCACAUCUCUCUUCAGCUGAUCCUCAUAUACACCCUGUAGACUAAAACAGCAGAGCUAAAGUCACUGUUUAAUACCCUUUAAACACAAACAGUGUCUCAGCAGAUACCCAGUCAGAUCUUCAGAGUUUAGAGCUGCAUUCACAAACUCUCUGCAACAACAUCUAAACCAGGAUUCACCAACUGAUGGCCUGCGGGUGAUGGGAGGCAGGCAGGGUGGGAGGCAGGCAGGCAGGGUGGGGUGGGAGGCAGGCAGAGUGGGUUAGGAGGCAGGCAGGGUGGGGUAGAAGGCAGGCCGGGUCGGGAGGCAGGCAGGCAGGCAGGGUGGGAUGGGAGGCAGGCAGGGUGGGGUGGGAGGCAGGCAGGGUGGGGUGGGAGGCAGGCAGGGUGGGGUGGGAGGCAGGCAGGGUGGGAUACAAAAUGUCUGGGAAUAAAUGUAGCUGCAGAUUAGUUUGGAUCCACCUCUUCAUAAAGUCAGCUGUGCGGGCGGCAGGUAGCCUGGUGGGUAGGAGCUUUGGGCCAGUAACCAAAAGGAUGCUGGAUUGAAUCCCAGAGCUGACAAGGUAAACAUCUGUCGUUCUGCCCCUGAGUAAGGAGGUUAACCCACUGUUCCCCGGGCGCCGAUGAUGUGGAUGUCGAUCAAGGCAGCCCUCUGCACCUCUCUGAUUCAGAGGGGUUGGGUUAAAUGCGGAAGACACAUUUCAGUUGAAUGCAUUCAGUUGUACAACUGACUAGGUAUCCCCCUUUCCCUGUGUAGUGGUGGGAAGGGGAGGGAUAGCCCUCCCCUUGGUGGUAAGACCUGGUACUGUGUUCAGGAAGAGCGAGACGGAGGGGGAGGAGUCAUUAUUAUACCCCUGGGAUCAAUGGAGGGAUGAAAACAGUCUUCCAUCAUCCAUCAUCCAUCAUCAUUCUACGUUGUUUAAUGCCCCAUGCAUUAGUAUGCAUGUGUGUGUCUGUGACCACUUCCCUGUCCACAACCAGUAAAUAACCAUUGUUUAAACACAGCCAUCCAUUAAGCUCACCCACCACCACUCUAAGGCCCUACAGGAGACAGAGGAUUUAGUGUGAAGUGCUGCUCCUACCAGUCUGCAUGCAACUCCUCAUAAAUGGCAUGACUUGGGGACUGACUUGAAUGCAUGACGCACUAAACCAGAACAUGUGCAUAUCCAGAGUCAUUCAAAGGAAUGUAUGUGAAUUGGGACUGGUGGACUUCAAUUCAAUGAAAUCGUUUGUUCUUGUCCAAUGAGUCAACCCUUAUAUCCCUACCCUCUGUUCUGUUGAGUCAGUGCACUAAAUAUUUAAUGUUCAGUUAAAACUAUACUACUAGAAACAGAUAACCCUUGGAAUGUAAUAAAGAUUGAUUAAGUCCCAUUAAAUUACAUCAGAUUGAAUGGAGCAAACUGUCUUGGCUUGGUGUAGUCAUUUGAUUCGUCAGUAGGUCUGUCCAUUACACUGGUUGGGUCUGUCCAUUACACUGGGUGGGCCGCAGUAGGCCAGUGCAUUAGUGUUAUUGGUGAUUGUCUAAUUACCGGCGUGAUGAUGGGGCGGCUGACACAUUACCAGAGACACUAUAAUUGGAUAACUCUAUUCACGCUGCCUCGAAGGUGCUCUCUCUCUCUCUCUCUCUCUCUCUCUCUUCUCUCUCUAUCCUUUUCUCGUCUCGCCAUCGCUCUGCUCCUCUCACGCUAACACAACACGCUCUUGCUCUUAAUCUCUCUGCUCUCUCUCUCUGCUCUCUCUCCUCCUCUCUCUCUCUCGUGAUCGCUCUCUCUCUUCUCCUGCUCUCUCCUCUUCUCUCUCUCUCGCUCUCCUAACACCUUUCUCUCUCUCCUAACACCUUCUCUCUCUCUCCUAACACCUCUCUCUCUCUCCUAACACUCUCUCUCUCCCUUGUCUCCUCACAUCUCUCAAUUUUAUGAUCUCAGUCGCCAACCAUCGACACAUACACAGCUCUGUGUCACACUUGCACACACUCGCACUUACGGAUACGCACAUACACACACACACAUGCACAACACACACAUACACACACACAAACACACAGGCACAGCGUUCGUUCCCUGCCAGUAUCAACACACAGUCAUAACUUGCCUCUUUAAACUUUGCACAUAUCUCCCUGUUGGCAUCUAUACGUAGAUAAUUAGUGUUCACGUUCAAGUUAAGUUAUGUAUAUAUGCAGUAACUCUGGCACUGAAGGAUUCAGGCCUAGUUGAUUACUACAUGUGUUAGUCUGACAUCUCCAGGAUAUCAAAGUCUUCUCUCCAGGUGUUACCCUGUCUGUGUAAUUAUAUAGAUAGCUUUAUGAAGUACACUCCCAGAGAGAUUACUAUGCACAGCCUUGUCUCAACGGAUUUCUGAAGAGGAGGAAAGUCACGAAGAGCAGAUGGGUUCAGAGCUGAGUAAUGCGCUUUCAAAUUCACCCCAAAUCUGGAGCAUCAUUAUACUGUAUACAGGUUCAUGCCUGUCUCUGAUAAUGAUUCAUGUUGUUGGAUGAUUUUUUGCUUGCUGAUGGGAUUGAUUUUUGUGUCAGAUCAGACAGGGUAAAAAGGGUGUUUGGUCUGCAAUAGUGUGCACUCCUUUCAUAGAAAUCACAUUCAUCCUUGACCAUUUGAGCAAUGUAGCUCAUACUUGUGAUUAUUAUGGGGAAACGUCUAAUACAAAAUGAAUCACAAAAAUGGAGAGCACUGCAAGCAACUGAUUCCUAUAAGCAUAUAGUGUAUGUCUCUGUCUAAUGUUGUUCUCUCUCCUGUCAUUACAGCUCCGUGCGAGCCGGAUGCCUUCUUCUGUCACAGUAACAUGUGCAUCAACAACACCCUGGUGUGUAACGGUAUUCAGAACUGUGUCUACCCCUGGGACGAGAACCACUGCAAAGGUGAGAGGUCAAACCCACGCUCAACCCCCCCCCCAAAAAAAAAUGAAGAUGAGGGGUAUCAUAGCUAUAUUCAAUCAAAUUCAGGAGCUGAUUUAAAACCAAUUUUUAACCCUUUAUUAUGGUUGGUGUCUUGACGGAUUUGUCCAAAAUCGGCUCUACCACUCUCUCCCACCUCCCUCUCUCUUGACAUGAUCACAUUAAAUCCCAUGUCAAUCCAAACCAAUCCACUGUGUAUCCCCUCGCUGUAUCCAAUGUAUGUUCCUCUCAAUCCAUGCACUUCCCACAGUGCUUCCUUCACACUCCUAAUAUAAUUCCAUCCCGCCUGAUCCAUACUUGAUGCUCAGUAUUCCAAUGAAUGUAUUUUCCACACGAGCAUUCAGCACAAUUCCCUAUGUAUUGAUCUCUGAUCACCUUUCUCCCUCUCUCCCUCUCAAUCCAUACCUGAUUCUGAUGUUACACUUCCUUAACAAUGUAUCCUGUUCCACUGAUUCCAUGUCAUGAUCCACUUCUAAUACCCCUCUAUCCUCUAUGAAGACCAAGUCCAUAGAUAAUCCACUACUUCUUAUUUUAUUUCCUGAACUUUGUCCCUCUCAGCUUUUUCCUGAUCUUCAGUGCUUAUCUGUUACCUCCGUGUUCUCCAUACUCUCUCUGUUUCUCCUAUUAGAUCUAUACCAUGAUUCAUACAACCCCUUCCAUUUUAUCCUGUUGGUCCUCAGGGUUGAUCAGGGGCCAUCGUACUGAGAGGGCCCUUUCAACGGCUGAUCUCUCCAGAUCUCUCCUGAUCUCUCCAGAUCUCUCCAGAUCUCUCCCGAUCUCUCCAGAUUUCUCCCGAUCUCUCCCGAUCUCUCCAGAUUUCUCCUGAUCUCUCCUGAUCUCUCCUGAUCUCUCCAGAUCUCUACCGAUCUCUCCUGAUCUCUCCUGACUCCCUCUUUUCUCACAGCUGUCCAAUUAGAUCCAUACUAUGAUCCUCAGCUCUACCUCUUUAUGUCUGAGCUCCUGAUCAGUUGAUACAGUGUUCCCCCUGGCCGACUGCUAAAGGGAGGAGGCUAGGACUGGUUCUAGUGGGUUGGUAGUACACAUGCUAUAUCUAGGAUCAUGACCCUGCUAAGGCUGGGUGAAUUGUUCCUCCAAGCUCCUUUAGCUUUGUGGGCUACACAGUCACCAUGCCGGUGACCAGAGUUCGGACCCAGGCAGCCGCCAAACCUGUCCACUCGCUGCAUGUUUGUUCAUCCGUGUAACCCUGGCGUUUGUUUCUGGCGUUCUGUUCCUCUGUGUUGAACCCUGGCGGUUUGUUCCUCUGUGUAACCCUGGGAUUGUCCUCUGUAAACCUGGCGUGUGGUUCCUCUGUGUAACCCUGGCGUUUGUUCCUCUGUGUAACCCUGGCGUUUGUUCCUCUGUGUAACCCUGGCGUUUGUUCCUCUGUGUAACCCUGGCGUUUGUUCCUCUGUGUAACCCUGGCGUUUGUUCCUCUGUGUAACCCUGGCGUUUGUUCCUCUGUGUAACCCUGGCGUUUGUUCAUCCGUGUAACCCUGAGCGUCGCCCAAUGACAAACAACAGCAAUUUCCAGCCAUUGUUAAGCCAGUGUGGGCUUCUUCCUCACCUUCUAAGCUACCAUUCGCUACAAGUUGCUAGCAUUGAAAAUGUGUACCAGUCAGCAUCUUCCCCGGACAUGUUUUUGUGCUGCUGCUUAGUUUCCACCCCCCCCCCCCCCCCCCCCCCCCCCCCCCCCCCCCUGUUCCUGGUGAUGUGUAGCUCCUGUGCUCUGCCUGCAUCUAUCCUCAUUAGCAGUAAACUGACAUGUUCUUUGUCUGCUUUUUUCUGGAUGGAAUGUGAAUGUUGCUGUUGUAACAGGGGAGUUGACCACACUGAAAACAGGCACUCACAAACACACACACGCUGUAAAAAGAUACACACACACACACACACACACACACACACACACACACACACUAAAACACACACACAUAGGGUUGCACAAAUCCUGGAACCCUGGUUUUACCGAAAUCCCGGUUGGAGGUUCCUGGAAUCAGGAGGGAAUAAGCAGGACAACUGGAAUUCUCCAACCAGGAUUUCUGGAAAACCAGGGAAUUUAAUAACACACACACACACAAUGUAUAUCCAGCCCAGUGUAUACAGUAAAUGUCAGCCCUCUCCCUAUAGGCAGCUUCUCUCCACACUUUAAGUGUUUUGUGCUCUUUGUAUGUUCUCUGGUGGAAUGGCCGUAAAACUCCUUAACACCCUGACCCUUUCACGCAGCUGCUGUUCAUCAAUAACAUCAUGAUCUUUAUCUUGUAGUCAAUUUCCUCUGUGUGUUGGGAAUCAUAUUUGCUUGCUAACUGUGAUCUAUCCAUCUGCUGGGGUGUGUGUAAGUGUGUGUGUCUGUGUGUGUGUGUGUGUGUGUGUGUGUGUGUGUUUGUGUUAUUGCGCAGGAAACUUUGGUGCUGUUUUCAUGACUUGUGUGGGUGUAAAUUGGUCAUUUCUUAAAGGGGCACUGCCACGCAGUGGAAUAAUUAUAGAACUGCAGUGUGUUUUACCACUUGGCUACAUUUACAAAGAGGAGAAGAAAGCAGAGGACACACUCUCUAAAAUAGAAACAUGAACAUGUCUCCUGACCUCUAAAUUAGAAACAUGAACAUGUCUCCUGACAUCUACUAUUUAGAUCUCUCACUGUAUCUCUCUGUCUCCCUCCCAUCUAUCUCACUGUAUCUCUCUGUCUCCCUCCCAUCUAUCUCACGGUAUCUCUCUGUCUCCCUCCCAUCUAUCUCUCUAUUUCUCUCUGUCUCCCUCCCAUCUCUCUCUCUAUUUCUCUCUGUCUCCCUCCCAUCUAUCUCACGGUAUCUCUCUGUCUCCCUCCCAUCUCUCUCUCUAUUUCUCUCUGUCUCCCUCCCAUCUCUCUCUAUUUAUCUCUGUCUUCCCUCCCAUCUAUCUCUCUAUUUCUCUCUUUCUCUCUCCUCCUCCCUUGCCUCUCUUCCUCUCCCUUCCUCCCUCCCCCAACAGAGAAGAGGAAAGCCAACAUCCUGGACAACCUGACCAACACCAACGGCACCAUCAUCGGCGUCACCUGCUGCAUCGUCCUCAUCCUCCUCAUCGUGUCAGUCAUCGUUCAGAUCAAACAACCCAGGAAGAAGUACAUCCUCCGGCGCGAGGACUUUGACCCCACCAUGUUCCAGGAGGUCUUCGAGCCACAGCACUAUGGCCUCUGCACUCUACGCAGCGCCACGCACGCCACCGCUGCCUCUGCGGAUCUAGUGGACCUAACGGAGGACUUCGAGAACUACCACGCGCUGCAUCACUCAUCCUCGCGCUGCAUCCACGACCACCAUUGUGGAUCCGCCUCCAACCCUGGUUCCGCCCACUUGUCCCAGCUGUCGCUCAGUGGGCGGGGAAGCCGCAGCAACCUGAGUGCACGCGAGGCUGCCGCCCUCCUCACGGACCUUCCACCGCAGCCGGUACGGCCGCUGCUGCCCAGCGUAGCCACCGGGAACCGGCGCAGCAUCCUAGUGAUGAAGCACAGCUACUCGCAGGAAGCGGCCGACAAUGGGUGUGACCUCGACGACGACCUGGAAGAGGUUCCCACGACGAGCCACCGACUGUCGCGUCACGAGAAGGCAGUCCAG